AUUAUGGGACUUCUACACAAACAGUGUAUUAGUUUGUUGUGUAGACUAUAUGCUAAUUGCUCCAUUCAGCCAAGGUGAUGUUUUGGGGGUUUGUAGAGGGGGAAAUCCAUCUUAAUGUAGACUGCAAGAUUGAAUGAACUGAACCAAUGAGUGAAGAAUGCAUAUAUGGAGAGAAGAGACAUUCCUAUUUUCUCUCUGCUUCAUUUUGUAAUAAAAGAUUUAUUUGUUUUCUUGCUAUAGCAGCUGAUUCACAGGGUAAUGAAGUAAAAACAAUUGAGGUCUCUUUUGGAGGCACGGUAAAUAUCAGCUGUGAAAUUACAGGUGAGGCUUUAGCAUGGACCGUGACCUGGUACAAGGAAGGACAAAACAAAAACCUGUGCAAGAUUGAUCAGGAUGACAAGAACUUGAAAGGAGAGCAAAAGUAUACCUUACAGUUGUAUAAUCUGAUUAUCAACAAUGCACAAAGGAAUGUCUCUGGUAUUUAUACCUGUGUUGUAAGUCAGGAAGCCAGCAUACCACUUAUGCACAGGACAAGAGUGAUAAUCACAGAAACUUUGAAGCCAAAUCUUUCCAUCCUUGUUCCAUCCGUCUUGCCGGAUGGGCCUCUGAAGCAUGAUAUUCCUCUGCUCUGCACCCUUUUCAAUGUUAGCCCUAAUUCAAAUACUGUCAUUUGGAAUAUUAAUGGAAAAAUAUAUCAAGAUAAGAUGGAUGUUGACAUGAUAGACGGGAAAGGAGCUUUCAGUAUUUUGAGCUUGAAACUGAUUCCUCCGGAGGACUGGCAGCCAGAAAUGUCGUAUAGUUGCUCAUACCCAGGAAACAUGACCAUGCUGCAGUCUUCACAACAGGAAGUGUCCUCAAACAGGAAGCAUCACAGUUUUGGCCCAGGAAAAUGUGGUCUGGCACCUCUUCAAAAGCGCAUGACACAGGAAGAAAAGGGCAGCAUCUCCUUCUCUGAUGCCACCUGGGAGCUCUAUGGGAAGCUGCUCUCACAAAGUGAUGGAUUAAGACUGGUAGAGUUGAUUGGCAGCAAGCAUUUGUCCGUUCUGCUAAAAGAUGAAAUAUUUACAGACUUCUUCAACACAUUCCUCAAUCUUCCUGUGUUCGGUCAGACACCUCUUUUCAUCUGCAGAACGCGUCAGUGGUAUCUGUGGCCAGAGUUACCAUGCAACCAGGUAUCAAAGCACAAAGGCCUGUUGAAUUGGAUGGAGAAGCAUCGGCUGCCUUUCUUCUGCAAAACAAAUCUGUUUCUUCACUAUGUACUCUGUGAGGAGCUUGUCAGUUUCAUCCGCUCUCCAGAGGCAGCGGAGAUGUUGCGAUGGAAAAAGGCUGAUCAGUGGCUGCUUGAGAAAUGCAUUGCUGGCAGCAGAGGCAUGUGGCGUUUUCGGUCCUUCAUGCAAGGAAUGGCAGGAGAAGAGCUCACCAAGUUCUGGCUUGCUGCAGAAAGGAUACUUGGGAUUGAUGAAAGAGAUGAAUCCCAGCAAGAUCUCUAUGUGUCACUGAUCCAGAUCCUGAUGGCCACCCACUUGCAAGAAGGGUCUACAGUUGUCACCCUCUGUAACACAACUGUUGAAUCACUUCUGAAAAAGACUCCCUUCCACCGGCAACACAUCCACACUCGGAGGGAAAUCCUACGUGAGAUGCAGAAAGUGGCCCUGUUCAAGAUUGAAAGCUACUGGCUCCCCAACUUCUUCAUUCAUUGCAAAUUAAGCAUGGAGGAUGAGCCCAAAUGUCUCCCUCUGCUCAAGCAGUAUCAGGACCGUUCACUUCAGUCUGGCCUGCAGAGGCAGAAGUCAUCGGCUCUGCCUUCCAUGAGCAUCCGAGAAAGCAGUCUGGACACAAAAUCCUACUACAGUUUGAAAAACAAGAGGGAAAUCUGGGAUCAGAUCGGAGGUAGGAGCCUUUCUCACAAAGGGAAAAAAAAAGAUGGCCGCAGCCAGAAGCUCAAAUCGCAUAAAGGCAGUCCGGUUCCCAAGAAGCCGACCUUCUCCAGAAAAAGCUUCUCAAGUUCCAGUGCUCGUCACACGGAACUCAUCUGGGACUCUGAGGAUGUGAUGCCUUUCGACGAAUCACCAAGCUCCAAAAGUAGCCCAAGUGAGUUCUUCACCUCCCCUAUAUCUGAUGAGUUCCCUGACAAGUGCACCUUCAACAAAUUGCGCUCCUCCACUCCUGUGGUGCAGUUCCCUUCCAUGCUUGCUCUGAAAACCCUCGUCAAAUCUGCCCCAUGCUUAGACUUCCUUCCUUGGGUGCUCAUGGCUGACAAAUGUGCAGGACGCCCCUUCAGGGAGUUUUUGCUGCGGCGGAACUAUGCAGUAGAAGUCCAUCUGCUUGAUCUGUGGCAUGACCUGGAGGACUUCUUGCGCAUGAUGUUGUGCUCCCUUGGUGAAGGGAACAUCCUUCUGCGCCACGUGAUGGGGGAAAGGAUUUGUGAGCUGUACCUGACGCAGAGCAACAAUUGGCAUCUGCCUCUGAAACUAACGACACUCCAGAGUUUGCAGAAUCUCCUGCCUUCUGGUCAUGUGAUUCCCUGGGUCCUGAAGGCACAGAAGGAAAUCUGUAAGAUACUCAGCUUCCUCUAUGAGGAGUUUCUUCAGAAUGAUGACAAAAUGUUCCUGUAUUAUGUGAGUGGCAAGGAAAAGAAACCAAAUGCAGAAGAACUGCAUGACAGAAUUGAGAACCUGCAGUUGAUCAAAAGGAUUGUUGAAUCCUUGCAUCUGAGCCAGGCCUUAGCUGGCAUGAGGGACUUUGACCUGCUGACACGAGAGCACUGGCAACUGUUGGGCAUUCAGGACCUGGCCAUGGGAGGCUCUAUUUUCAUGGAAUUGGAGCCUGUUGCACCACAGAGGGAUUAUGGCGGCAUGACGUUUGAGGAGCUGGCUCGGCUGAAUCCCAAGAUGGCUGUGGAACUUCUUAGCAAGAACUUCAGGGAGUUCUGCAAGAGAUGUCCAUCAGGCAAAGUGUUUGUUCGGCCAGUGGUUCCCAAAAGGAGUCUCCAAUGGGCCAGAUCAAGUUUCUCCUUCCUGAGGAAGGCUGUGGUUAGGAAACCAAUUUCAAAGCCCAGAACUCUUUCUGAAGUGAUGCGGAACUCACUCCAUUUUGAGUACUUCAGGAACUUCCUUCGGCUGCACAAUGCAGAAGCCCCACUCCUUUUCUGCCUGGCUGUAGAAGAUAUAAAGAACGAGCAAGAUCCCAGGAUUCAGCAGAUGCAGAUCAACGAGUGUGUCCGAACUUACUUCUUCAACGCUAUCCCACCUGAAAAACUGCUGCAUUGCGAUGAAUAUGUCAUCCGUGAGAUUCCAAAGUUACCAUCAGUCUCUGUUCCCAUAUUGGUCACUGCUCAAAUAUUAGUCCUGAGGAACUUGGAAGAAAAGUGGUUUAAUAUGUACCAAGGCCUAUAUCCUGAUAGUGAUAUUGCCAUUGUUUCAGCUGGUUGGAAGACAAAGAAGGAUUCUCCAUUGACAAGCAAGCAGAAAAGAUGCUGGUGUAUUCUUACCGCCUUCAUCAGGAGGGUCUGCAAAUUCCGAAAGGCAAUGAGUUAUGUGGGACAGCGCAAACGCUUUGAGAACUUUCUCCUCAAGGAGGUGAAGAACGACAAAGAAAAUAUGCAGAGUCCAACUCAAACAAAGCCUGCAAGUCAGAGUGGAGGUAGUGGGCGUUAUGGCCCAGCUUCUGGACUAUCAGAAGACCCUGAAUCACAACAGGUGAAGCGCAAACUACCUGGUGGUCGCAUCAUCUCAGUCAACUUCUUGGUGAACGAUCUCUACUUUUAUUUAGAAAUGGAGAGGUUUCUUCACCUGUCUGACACUGUGGUCAUGCUGGCUUCUCUUGGGUUCUAUACAGAGAGGGAUAUUGUCUUCUUGAAGAACAAAGUGGCCACAAUCUCCAAACUAUUUCUGAACUCAGAUAUCCCACCUAAACUCAGGGUCAAUCUCACAGAUGCACAGUGUAUUCAAAUUCGGACUUUAAUUUCUGAAGGGGUGCUGAACAGGACUCUUUAUCAUGGUGCUAUAAUUUCCAUCUUCCCACAUUUAUUAUACUUCUGGAAGAGAUACUGUUAUUGGAAAGUGAUGAAAUAUUUCAGAAAACGCAAAGGAGAAAAAGCAGAUGAGUCCCCUCCUCCACCACCAUCACCUACAAAGGCAGCUAGGAAGGGCAGUGGUUACAGUGGAGAAGAUCAUCCAAUCAUCAGGUUUACUUUGCUCAAGGGAAUACAGCUAUUGCUGCCUCAACUAAGGGAGGCAACAGAUGAAUCACCUGGAGAAAAAUCAUCGACAGGAAGUGUAAUCCGUAGGAAAUCGUCAUCUGGUGCCUCUAUGCAAAAAAGGUUUAAAAAAAAAUCUACCCUGAAUCUAAAGAUUUGGCAGCAUCUUCAGCAGUAG